AAGGGCAAAGAUCAGACCCAAAUUGGGGCCAGCUGAGAAGGAUGCUGUCUCUCUGAUGCCCAACCAAGGAUUUACAAGUACAGCUUAGCAAGGGACUCAUUCUGCUAGCCCUUUCCCUCACUGUUUAUUUAGCUGGGAAGGUUUGUGAAUCAACAUCUUCCCCCACUUGGGCUCCCUAUUGCCUAAAUCCCUGGGCAGGCAGCUGCACUUCUUGCAGUUCACUCCUGAUGUAUUUCUCCAGCUACUGGGAUACUCCUAGGCAGCCAAGAAGGGAUUGCUGGGAGCAGAGCACAAGAGGAAGAGGAAGCAGGGCCUAGAAGCAAGUCUAGUCCCCACAGUGCCAUCUACAUGGGAUCUCAUCCACAGGGUAGAGGUGAUGAUGCCCAUAGUAGGGCAGGAGGCUUUGAUGCUGCUGGGAGCAGGCCAGGUUCCUGGUUAAAGGAGAAAAGUUUAAACUCUCUGCUCCCUCCCCCACAGCAGCUGCAGCUUGGUGGGGUGAGGGCUUCUUAACAUGAUGAGUCCCAGGUGGGGGUGGGUGCUCAGCACUGCUCCCUGUCUGCAGUCCCUGGCAUGCUCCAGUGCUGCCUGGUUUGCUUGGCUGCUCAGCAGGACGUGAAGUCUUUUGCCCCUGAGUAGACCCAGCUCCAGGGCUCAUGGAUGGGGAGGCCUCACUGGAAAGCUACCUGGAUGAGUGCACAAGCCAGGAUGACCUUUCAUCAACUUGUCCUCAGCUAUUUGCUCCCAUGAGCCCUUAUGACACGGAUCUACCGAUUCAUUCAGUUGAAGAUGCGUUGUUCAGUUCUCAUCUUAACCAGCCCAAAGAGCUUUCUACAGAUUUUUCUUCUGUGGAUCUCGGCUUUCUCCCAGAUGAUAUUAACCAAGAAAAUGAAGAACAAAUUUUUUCUGAGGAUGGUCAUGAAACAAAGGAAGAUAAAAAUGUGUUGCCAGCAGAAGAGCAAGGUAGUGGCAUUGUCAUGGAUGAGAGCAAUCUGCCACAAGUGGGCUGCACCAGUGUAACCCAACCAUCGCCUGACACUUCUGGCGUCUAUCCCCCCUUGACACCCAUGACUCCUAUGACCCCAAUGACCCCUGUCUCGGAAAGCUCUGGCAUUGUUCCUCAGUUACAGAAUAUAGUGUCUACUGUAAACUUGGCUUGUAAGCUAGAUUUGAAGAAUAUAGCUCUGCAUGCCAGAAAUGCAGAGUAUAAUCCAAAGAGGUUUGCUGCAGUGAUCAUGAGAAUCAGAGAACCAAGAACAACUGCCCUUAUAUUCAGUUCAGGGAAGAUGGUCUGCACGGGAGCAAAAAGUGAAGAGCAGUCACGACUUGCAGCGAGGAAGUAUGCACGUGUGGUACAGAAGCUUGGGUUUCCUGCCAAGUUCCUGGACUUCAAAAUACAGAAUAUGGUUGGCAGUUGUGAUGUGAGGUUCCCAAUCCGCCUGGAAGGACUGGUUCUAACUCACCAGCAAUUCAGCAGUUAUGAACCGGAACUGUUUCCUGGGCUUAUUUACAGAAUGGUCAAACCAAGGAUUGUGUUGCUUAUCUUUGUUUCUGGAAAAGUUGUAUUGACUGGUGCUAAAGAACGUUCUGAAAUCUAUGAGGCAUUUGAGAACAUCUAUCCUAUUCUAAAGGGUUUCAGGAAGGCAUCUUAAUACAGCUUGUCAGAAGACUAGAAGGAACGUGUGAGUUUGUAUGGUUGUGCAUACAGCAAACGUAAGAGCGUUUCUGAACCCAAAAUACACAGUUCUGGCUUAUCAAGUGAAUAAAGCCAUUUUGAACAAAUGGAACAAAUAAGACUACUUAUAGUUACAUAUUUUGCUGUAAGAUUUGAGUUCCAUAUGAGUUUGGUCUGUUUUUGUAGAGCUCUAUUCAAUUCACACUAAGGAGAGCUGUUUUUGAACAAGAAAAUAAGCUAGGACUAUUGCACUUACAAGCCAUUUCAUAAUGUUUGUAAUAAACCCAAUGUGUGCUUCUUCAGUAGAAUGGAGCUGGUGCCAUAAUGCAGUUUUGUUGAAAUGUCAAGGCCUUGAUCCACAUUUUUGUAUUACUGAAACAUAACUUUUUCAUGUUUAUUCUGAAUUUUGUAUAUUUUUGUCUACAAUAUAGUUUAUAAAAUU